CAGACAUUCGCUUUAAUAUGCAGUCUAGUGGAAAAUCUUCUCCUAGGAAGGAAGAAAAGAGCUCGAAUAUAUUUUCCCCACAAAAGAACAUGAAAAUCUGCUCGAAAGGUCUAUCUAGCUUCAAGAUGGGCAGACUACUUGGAAAAGGAGGAUAUGCUAAGUGAUACGAAGUAAUAGACCUCACCACUAAAAAGUUAUAUGCCAUCAAAAUUGUGAACAAGUCUAAACUGGUGGAGGAAGAGAGCAAAAGGAAGCUUGAAACUGAAAUAAAAUUGCAUAAAUAUGUAUCUUCUUCUAUUGAAGACUCAGAUGAUAAGGUAUCUAACAUUACAAAGUUGUACCAGUACUUCGAAGAUGCCAAGAACGUGUACAUCCUUCUUGAGCUCUGCGAGAAUCUGAGCUUGGAUAUGUUGGUGAAAAGAAGAAUUAGACUCAGAGAAGUGGAAGUCAGAUGAUAUCUAGCACAAAUUAUUAAUGGCCUUAAGCAACUCAAGAGGCUCAAUGUUAUUCAUAGAGACCUGAAAUUAGGAAACCUGUUUUUAACUAACAAAAUGGAAGUUAAAAUAGGAGACUUUGGAUUAGCCGUUCAACUUAAAAAUCCAACUGCCAAGAGAAAAUCAGUUUGUGGAACUCCAAAUUACAUUGCUCCUGAAGUCUUAGAUGAAGAGAGAGGACACUCAUUUGAGGUUGAUAUUUGGGCAUGUGGAGUAAUUAUUUAUACUCUUUUGGUUGGAAGGCCUCCUUUUGAGACAAGAGAUCUUCAUGAAACUUACAAGAAAAUUCAAAGAGCUUCUUAUUCUUUUCCAAAGCAUGUAAAGAUAAGUGAUAAUGCUAAGGAUUUAAUAUCAAAAUGUCUUCAAAUCGAUCCUCAAAAGCGAAUAAAGCUAGAUAAAAUGAUUUCCCACUCAUUCUUCCUAGAAGGUUUCCCUGAGCUGUGUCCUGUUACCACACUAACAAUUCCUCCUUCAAUUUCAUACAGUGAGGCUUUCAAGCCAAAAUCCUCAUCUCCAAGAAAAACUCUUUUAAAGACUUCUGCUUUUUACAGAAAUUCUUAUCAGCCAAAGCCUGCUAAGCAAGCAUUGGCUCGCUCUAUGAAAGCUACUACUCAUCGAAACCUUCCCCAGAGAGUUGGCCUUUAAAA